UCCCAAACCCUGCAGUCCAGGAUGAGGUAUCCGAGACCCUCACCACAGGUGCUCCUGGCUGCGGUCCUCUGCACCUUCACUCUCCUCCUCCUCCUCCUCAGUCUGCACGUGUCACGUCCGUGCGGCCCCUGCGGCCCCUGCGCACAAGGGAAAGAGCCGCUGGACAACCCCGCGGCUCUGGUCUGGCUCCCGGAGGUGACCCUCCCCACGCCGGGGCCCUGCAGGGCCAACUCUUCCCUGGCUCAGCUACCAGGCUUCGCAGAGCAGCCAGAGCACGUCCGCGACUUCCUGCUGCACAAACACUGCCGCGACUUCCCGCUGCUGCAGGACGUGCCGCUGAGCAAGUGCGCGCAGCCGGUCUUCCUGCUGCUAGUCAUCAAGUCGUCGCCCCACAAUUACGAGCGGCGGGAGGUGGUACGGCAGACUUGGGGCCGCGAGCGGACUGUGCGGGGCAGUCGGCUGCGCCGUCUCUUCCUGGUGGGCACAGCCCGAGAUCCGCACGAGGCCCGCAAAGUCAACCAGCUGCUGGCGAUAGAGGCAAGGGUUCACGGCGACAUCCUGCAGUGGGACUUCCACGACUCCUUCUUCAACCUCACACUCAAGCAGGUGCUCUUCCUACAGUGGCAGAAGACUCGGUGCAGCAAUGCUAGCUUCCUGCUCAACGGGGACGAUGAUGUCUUUGCGCACACAGACAACAUGGUCUCCUACCUGCAGGACCACGACCCUGACCACCAUCUCUUUGUGGGGCAACUGAUCCAGAACGUGGGCCCCAUCCGGUCCCCCCACAGCAAGUACUAUGUGCCAAAGAUAGUGACACAGGAGGAGCACUACCCGCCCUACUGUGGAGGUGGCGGCUUUCUGCUAUCCCGCUUCACCGCGGCUGCUGUGCGUCGGGCUGCCCCGGCCCUAGACCUCCUUCCCAUCGAUGACGUCUUCCUGGGCAUGUGCCUGAAGCAGGAGGGCCUGAAGCCCGCCUCACACAGUGGCAUCCGCACUGUUGGCGUCUGGGCUCCCUCAGCGCGUCUGUCCUCCUUUGACCCCUGCUUCUACCGAGAUCUGCUGCUGGUGCACCGCUUCUUGCCCUACGAGAUGCUGCUCAUGUGGAACACACUGAGCCAGGCCAACCUCACCUGCGGCAGGCACAUGCAGGUGUACUGA